UUUUCUGAAAUUGCAUGCCAUUUGUGUUUGUGGGCUGAUCGGAUCGGGGGGUGACUUCUUCAUUCUUUUAGGUUGUGCAAAAAAAGGAGUGUCUCCCACGAAGGAGUGCAAGUCUCUCAUCACCUCCCCGAAAGCAUCAUGGGUCUCCAAAUCCCUCCCGUGAAGGAGCACGGGUAUCCCAGCACCUCCCUCAAAUAGCAUGGGUCCCUCGGCAUCUCCCCCAAAGGAAUUGUGGAUCUUCCGUAUCUUCCCCAAAGGAGUGUGGUUCUCCUGACGUUUCCCCACAAAGGAAUGUGGGUCUCCCGACGUUCCCCCCAAAGGAAUGUGGGACUCCCAACGUUUCCCCCAAAGGAUUAUGGGUCUCCCGAUGUCUCCCCCAAAGGAACGUGGGACUCCCGAUGUCUCCCCCAAAGGAGUGUGGUUCUCUAAGCUCACCCCUCUUCUGCUUCAGUGCAGAUCAGUGUGAGCCAGUGAGUAGGCUUUUAGCUGACGUGGUACCAGUGACCACUAUGGCCAAGGUUUGUGGGGUGACGGCAAGUGAAAACAUACAAGCUGAAACAAACACAAAGAGCAGCCCUCUUUACAGGAAGCAGCUGAAUAUCUGUAUGUGUGUAGGAGCACAUGUGGGUUUGUAUUUACCACUUUAUGGGGUCCAAAUGUCCUCACAAUGUGGUAAACCUUCAAUCUGUAUGUGUCUGUGAGAGUGUAUGGAAGAGAGCCAGUAACUUCCUUUUGUAGAGAUCAUGUGAGAGUGUGUGUGUGGAAACAUGCCCCCUUGACAUGUCUGGGAAAGUGGCCGUAUCUGAGUGUGUAUUUCAGGUGAAUCCCCGAAGGGGUCAGGCUUUGUGGUCUAACAGCCACGUCGUGAGGGAACGGAAACGGGCAGCCUACUUAAAGGGGCAGCUAGGUCCAAGUGUGAUGGCCAAAUCAGGGAGGCGUGGGAGCAGGAAGCCGUCCAGAAGCGAGUAGAUCAGGCCAAUGUUAAUAAAAAAGAGAUAUUACCCAGCUAAUUAACAAGGCAGCUAUGCCAAGAUGACCUGGAGAAUAAGCUAACACAGAACCAGUGCUAACACAGAUACAAUACUAACCAAUGGUGUCUCAUUAAGUUACCCAAUUUAUGUUCUAUUUUUAAGAAAUGUUUUAGUAUUUCAAGGUUUUUUAUGGGACAUGUGAGGUUCUGUGUUUGGUGGGUAGGCCUGGUAGGGGGGCAUGUUGUAGGCAAGGCCACACUUUUUUUUCAGUAGUUUGUGUGCGGUGUGUCGGGGCUGAAUUUUUGGCAUGCAGUUAAUCUGUAUUCCAGAUCUCCUGACUGGAUGUGUGCGUGAGGCAUGUGUACGCUGGGUAAGUUAUGGAAUUUGUGUGGAAAAGUUUGGGUUUUUGCCGGAUAAUACUGUUUCCACUUGUCGCCAGUAGGGGGAACUGGUGAUCUUUUUUUUUUUUUUUAAAUAAUGCUAAUAAAUGUAAUCAACACUUAGAGCUGGGCUGGCCUUUGACCAACAACUCCCAUCCCCCCUCCUAGUGCAGUCCUGCUUAUAGUAAAUUGUCAAAUACUGAGAAAAGAACCACAAGUUUUGAUCCUUGUCCAGCCAUCUAUCACUGCGUUUUUUAGUCUUCCAGCCAAAAUUUAUAGCGAUUACACAAAAAGCAGGCCAGUUCAGACUCUCGAACAAAAUGCAUACGUUACAAUUUCUUUGGUUGCGAAUAAUUGAAAAUAUACAUAAAUAUAUCACUGCAGAAUUUAAGAGUGUUUGUGACAGAUUCGGUCCAUAUUCAGUUCAGAUCCAUGUUAUUAUAUUGGUAAGUUUUCCUUUCUCCUGAAAUCACAAAUAAAUAGAAUUAAUAUAGCAAUAUAAUGUCCAUGUUUUAAACAGCAAAAGAUAAUAUUUUGCCAAUAUAUUCAGACAUACUAAAUAACAGCCCCCUGGGAACAAUAAAGUAUAACAUCUUAUUUAAUGAGAAUAAGGAAAAUCUUUGCAUAGCAGGAACGAGCCAUAGUCAGUUUUCAUAAAUAAUUAUACGUAAUAGCAAUUUAAUUAGACGUGACCGAAGAGUUUCUGCUUUCGAGCGGAGGAUUGACUUAAGUGGUUUGCAGCCACUCCCGCUCAGCACUGGGUUCAAUCCGAGGCGUUUCGGGGUGACUGAGGACACGCGCUUCCUUUCGAGAGGGUGACGCAACCACAGCGCAGCUUUGGCGCGAAAUAUGUACAAAUUACCGUUUGCGCAUUUCCACUUUAAGUUAGUACGCGCUCAGUUAAUGCUGCGCAAUGGCGGGACCUGCAGUACCAGGGUAAACUUACCCGGUUGUGGUUAAAAAAAGACUACCUUUUUCGGGUCCCAGUCUAGACUGGCCUGGACACCCUGGAUUUCAGAUUUACCAACUCUCACGCAUCUGGCGUGACACUCACGAUUUCAGCCUUAAUCUCACGCCAAAUAUAUAAUAUUCCAUUAUAACCCUAAAAUUAGCCAUAUCAAAAGGGUUGGGGCAGUUUACAAACCCCGCAGGACUAUUUAUAAGGUUACAUACAUGUACGUGCGUGUGCAUGUUGUGUGUAUGAGCGAAUGCAUGCAUUUGAGACUAGAACAGAAAAUUUCACCCCAGCCAGCUGACCAAAGUUGGUAACCCUGAAAUGUAUGUUAAAUGCACCUAAUCUACGUAAAAAAGAAAACGAUGGUAAAUGAUGAAGGCACAUAUCAAUAUAAUAUGCAAACACGCUUUCAUGGUCCGAUCGGUUUACCUAGUGUAGUCUGAGUUUACGCAUCGGUUUAGUAACCCCCUGAUUACUCUUGCAAGGAGUACUGUAUCCCUGAACUCCCAAGACACUUUAGCUUUCACACCAUUAAAAGUCCCCAAUCUCUACAAAGCGACGCGCCAGUGGACUUGUUGGGAAAUAAGGAAAGAUAUAUGAUUAAUUCCAGAUUCAUUCACUCUGUGGAUUGGAAAACGUGUCACGGUGUCAAGCAAAACACUAACCAGCUCCCAAACAAAUUUGAGAAGCCCAUCCUUAAAUAAUUCCCCCCGCCUUUUAUCUGACUCAGUGUCGCAGAACUCCUUUAUAAUUAUCGGCCAUGGUUUCACACUACGCCCUACUGCUGUGAGACGGCAAAAUAAAAACAACCCUGCCAGCCACAAGCCAAGCAAUCAAGUGCCAUUAAUACAAACGCCAUCUCGGUGAGAAGGCGCAGCUGGCAGAGGUACAGGCGAUCCGGCCACCAGGCUUCCGUACUGCGGCAGCCAUGGCAACACAUCACCGUGGUGUAUGUUUACCUUAGUAACCGCUCACCUAGCGACGCGGACGUUACGGUAAGAUAGGGACAGCCGCGUCCCCGUUGCAGGUGAUGUCUACAAACCCGUUUUAUAUGUGACGCCUGAAAGAAAAUGGAUUCCGCCUGCUUAAACUAUGCCCUGGACCUUACGGCGGGUGGCGGCUUGACUUUGACCUGUGAACAGAGGGCUGCCUUGCAGACAUCCUUGCUGGUCAUAAAAGUAAACUAUAAGUUCAGCCGUGUUCUCUUUUGGGGGAAAAUUUUAGGGCUGAAGAAUGAUUAUUUUAUAGCACAGGGGGUGGCAGCAGAUGAAAUGAAAGCCAAGAAAAUACUCUACAGCCUUAACUGCACAGAGUGGCACUUGCUACCCCCGGUCACAGCGCCCCUGCUGGCGUACGCGUCGACGCUGAACGGGCGCUUCACAGGUGACCCCUCGUUUGAGUACGAGCACAUGGAGACGCGCCAGCAGGGAGAGAUGGAAAUCACUGCGGAUUCAAAGGUAAAGGUGAAUGAAGAGCAGAGGGUGGCGGCCGUGGUACUCACCAUCGACCGGGAGGCCUCUGUGGUUCCACGGGGGGCCUUCACGAGGACUCCCGACGGGGCCGUUCAGACCAAUCGCAGCUUUGAAGGUCUGUCUUGGUCGGAGGCUAUAAAGCUAAGCAAUUACUAUCACUUCACUGAGCCGCAGGCCGUGAAGAAGACCCGCCUUCUAGAUAUGACCCGUCUGGACCCCUCUCUCGAUUAUCUGGACUCCUUAACUGAAGACAUACCAAAAGGGUCCUGGAGCUUGCAACUUGAGAAAGGCAGCAGUGUUGUGGUGCUGCGCAGUCUGUUUUGGCUGGGCUUGACCUUCUUCCACGUGCCCACGACUCCACAACACGGAUACAUCUACAUGGGUGAUGGUCUCAAGAACAUUGACCUGCCCUUCAUGCUGUGAGAUCCCAGGAGGCAUCAGACGUGAACCAAGCUUCACCGAAUGCCAUUUUUAAUAAAGUAUAGAGGGAAAAGCGA